AUGAGCCAGCAGCAGGACCUCAAGGGCAAGAACGCCAUCGUUACAGGUGGAGGCAAGAACCUCGGUGCCCUCAUCGCCAACAACCUUGCCAAGCGCGGCGCCAACGUCGCAAUUCACUACAACUCGGCGAGCUCCAAGGAUGACGCGGAGAAGACCCUCAAGCAGCUCAAGGACGCUGGCGUCAAGGCUGUCGCGGUGCAGGCAGACAUGAGCACCAAGACUGCCGUGGACAACUAUGCUAACGCCAGGCUCUUCUCUGACUCGCUCGCUGGUCUGGGCUGCCAGAAGUUCGACAUCGCCAUUAACACUGUCGGCAAGGUGCUCAAGAAGCCCCUGACCGACAUCUCGGAGAAGGAAUAUGACGACAUGUUCAACGCCAACUCCAAGGCCAACUUCUUCUUCAUCCAGGACGCGGCCAAGAACCUCGCCGACGGCGGCUGCAUCAUCUCCAUCGUCACCAGUCUCCUCGGCGCCUUCACCGGAUUCUACUCGACCUACCAGGGUUCCAAGGCUCCUGUUGAGUGGUUCACCAAGGCGGCUGCCAAGGAGUAA